CGGGUUGCUUGACGCAUCAUUCCUGUCCUAAACAUUCAGGGAAAUGGCAUGGAGGGUGUUCUUGGAUAGCUGCUAGGGUUGUAAAAGUUGGAGGACACAACUCCUAGAAGAUGUUCAUGGAUGUUUGGACAGAAGCUUGUUUAUGUUUUUCCCCAGUCGAGCUCGAGGAUUAUGAGGAUGAUGAGGAUGUCGUGAAGGGGGGGCUUGAUGGUAUCGGAAGCAUUCACGCGGGUUCCUUUGAGAUCAUUUACAGGCGAACAGGCGACCUCAUUCGAGAACUGGCUUCUGGCUGGACGCCCCUUUUUCUUUUUUUCUGCGCUCUCUGGAAAGAAAAUGUCAAGACCAGCGGAACGGAACAGGAUGGCAGAUGCAUUCAAGGGAUCUCAUCAAAAGCAGCAAACUCCCUUUCCGGCUUGAGACAGAUGUCAAGGUAUAGACACCAGCUACCAGCUCUUUUCACAGUCGCCCAGGCACUGGACUUGACGGACGGCAUUGGUCAUUUCAUCAUGCAUCUCUUCAUUGCGAGGCGCGUCAUGUUCCUCCAAGUUAGGGAGACGAGACGGCAAUCGAUGUUCAAGGGGUAUGGUCUGGGGGUCCCCCCCUUGAUGAUGCUAUUUUCUCCUUUUGUUUUCUUUAUUUUUUCCUUUUAUCGUUUUCCUUCUCUCUAGUCUUUUCGGUAUUACAUUGCAGGCACGAAAAGGUGGCAUAGGACCAAGGGCUUUCUUCAUGAGCGGUGGGGGUAUCAACGCAUCGGAUUCUGUUAUUUCUUCUGAUCGGACAAAGGGGUUUAGUUCUUUCCGUCAAGGCAUGGUGUGAUACCAAGGCUGUGUUGUGUUGGCGUCCGCAUAUACAAACGGACUGACUAUUGAAGAAAAGCAUUAAAUAAAAGAAACUCUUACUAAUAGUCAUU